UUGGUUGGUUGCUGAUUGUUGUUUGUAACAAAGAACUCCAGGAAGAGAUGUGCAUACAGUAUAUUGGCUGAUAGAAGUGUGGCAAUUUGCACGGUCUAACCAAAACUUUACUACCAACAUUUUUAUAUAAUCACCCGACAUUUCUUUUAUCGAUUCGCAGAAUACCAUGUCAGUAGCAAACGAUUUGAGUGCUGGGGACUGCAUUGACGCCAGGCGGGGCGAUGGACAAGAGUCAGAGGGCCCCUGUGGUGGCUCUGGAUCUAUGCAGGUGGACGCCAAACCUCAAUCCCAUAGCUUCAGGUACAGCCUCAGCUACCCCAUCAUUGGCCAGUGUAUCAUCAUCAACAACAAGAACUUUGACAGAAGAACAGGUAUGAAUGUACGCAAUGGCACAGAUGUGGAUGCAGGCAACGUGAUGAAGGUGUUUGGGAAACUGGGUUAUAAGGUGAAGGUUUACAACGACCAGACAGUGGACCAGAUCAAGCAUGUUUUAACCACAGCCUCCAAGGAGGACCACAGCCGCUCUGCCUCAUUCGUGUGCGUCCUGCUGAGUCACGGGGACCAUGGCGUGUUCUUCGGGACGGAUGCCUCCAUCGAACUCAAGAGCCUCACCAGCCUGUUCCGGGGCGACCGCUGCAACUCGCUGGUGGGCAAGCCCAAACUCUUCUUCAUCCAGGCUUGCAGAGGUACUGAUCUGGACGGGGGCAUCGAGGCAGACAGCAGUUCAGAUGGGAGCUCGACCAGGAUCCCUGUGGAAGCAGACUUCCUCUAUGCCUACUCCACAGCUCCAGGCUACUACUCGUGGAGGAACACGCAGACUGGCUCCUGGUUCAUCCAAUCGCUGUGUGAGAUGAUUGGCAAGUACAGCAAAGAGCUGGAGGUCCAACACAUCCUGACCCGUGUCAACCACAAGGUGGCGACAGAGUUUGAGUCUGUGUCAAACUCUCCCGGCUUCGAUGCCAAGAAGCAGAUCCCCUGCAUCGUAUCAAUGCUGACCAAAGAGAUGUACUUUAUACCCUGAUAGGAGAAAGGUGUGAAGAAGCUCCUCAUUUGCCUGGUCCCAGAUCUGUUUUAGCUGUCUCGCCAACUCCUAUGAUCACUGUUAUAGGAGUUAGCUAGAGCGGAAAAACAGAUCUCAGAUCAGGCUAGCUUCUAUCUGAGUGAGGGCAAUAGAUGUGUGUUUGUUUCGUUUGGUUGUGGAUUGUAUUAGCUGAAUUUUUAACACCAUUGCUCAAUCGCUCUGGCUCAAGUUGGACUUGGUUAAACUUGUUUAAACUUGUAGGCCUAAGGAUCACAUUUCAUGUUGGAGGUUGAAACCUCUGUCAUGCUUUCAGCCUGACGUCAUGCACAGAGAAGUUGACUCUUCUUCAGGGUUGGGGUUAGUUCACAUUUUAAUUCCAUCAACUGAGGAAGUGAAAAAUUCUAAUUGUAAAUGUUACAUUUAAUUGAAUUUUAAUUAACUUCCUAAAUGUACUGAUUGAUUUGAAAAUUGAAUUGACCCCAACCCUGUUUCUUACUGAAUGAUCCCUUGUGUGUAAAGUGUAACGGAGGAUGUGUACAGUGAGGGAACAAAGUAUUUGAUCCCCUGCUGAUUUUGUAACUUUGCCCACUGACAAAUAAAUGAUCAG